GUAUAACAGUGUGCGAAAAGAAAAAAACAAAUACAGAAAAUACAAUUAUACAAUCUGAGGUGUGUUGUCUGUGUGCCUGGUCUGCUAAACAGCCAGUGGCGUCUGGCAUUCUGAGAUGGCCAUGCUAACGCGCCUGACCAGCAGCGGUACAACAACGGUAGCACCUGGCUCGCCAAAGGGCUUGCAACGUUUUCAAAACUACCUCACCGCGUUUCUCUGGCCGGGAGCGUCGCAGCGACAGCAGCGGAAGGCCUCUACGCAGCUGGAUGCCAUUGAUUGCUUCACCAACGAUUUGGUCAACCGUAAGACACAAAAAUGGGAGGAGCUGCGUGAAAAUCUGAUGAAGCCCGUUGCCGAGGAUUCCAAUUACGGUGCGAACUUUGGACAGAAUGUCGGCCUGAUGUCUAAAGGUAUGAUGAGCGACUUGAAAACGCUCCGCUCACCGCAGCUGGGCCUAGACAUACGAUCGCUGUCGCAACCGCAGCUGGACAACUUGCUCCUGGCCACGCUGGAGAUCAAGAAUAAGGUUGACUUUCUCUAUUUAAUACGUCAAUGCGUACGCUGGCAGCAGUUGCCCUGCAACGAGGUUUUCAUCUCUUGCCUAAAGUAUUUGAGCUCAUUGGGUCGCAUGCAGCAGCUGGAAUCGCUAGCCGAGACAUGCCGACAGUUGAAGCAUCCUUUUGCAAACACGUACUCAGAUCUGGCUCCGUUUAAGGCUAUUGCACUGUGGCACAACGGCAACUCAGAUGUUGCGCUAAUGACGCUGCAUCGCGGCUAUGGCGGAAGCCUUAAUACAGACGAGGGCAGACGAAUGAUUCGCGUUGCGUUUCGCACCAUUGUUGAGGAGACUUUGGCUCAGAAAAGCGAAGCAGUACUUAUAUCCUUAAUAGAUGUCGCCCGUGACAUAUACCGAGAGCACAAGGACAUCUUUGUGGUGGCGUGCGUGUGGAAACAGUGUUUUGCCAGCGAUUGGUUCUGUGAUCAAAAAUCUGCAGGCGAACUAUUCGAACAUUAUAAGGAGCUGCAGCAACUGGUCGAUCGCAGAGCCAGUCCACUCUGCUCCUCGUUCCUGAGUCGCCACAACAUUGAUGCCGUUCAUCGUCUAAUAGAGGUAUUUUUGCAGCACAAUCAGCGAACCGCAUGCGGUAAUUGCCUAAGUUUGCUGUUCAACUAUCAAUACUUGCGCAAGGACCUGCGUGCUUGUGCUGAAAUUGUAAAAUCCUGUAGCGAACUGGAAAUGCCAUUGAAUGAGCUGCAAAAUGAACAGUUCCUUAGUCUGUUCCUUGAUCAAAGCGAUCCAUUUGAGACAACAGCUGGCAAUCGUAGUGCGGCCAAGUACAAGACAAAAUCGUUCCAGUACAAAUUUUAGAGGCAACCGUAAUUGUAAUUGUAGAGCACAAGAUCAAGCAACAACAAACAUCCCGUUUUUGCAUUACAGCAAUAUGCACAUACAUAUACCUUUAAAACUUUAAUAAAUGUUAUGAUACCUUUAA